AUGGGCGGGGAGACGUCGCGUCCCGUGCGGUUCAACCGAGUAUGCGCGGAGGAGGUGGAGGGAAGCGACCCCUACUGGGCGACCCUCCUGCAACACCCACCCGCUUCCUUCGCCGCCAUCCCCUUCGAUUCUAUCCGAACAGCGCUCAAGGACCGCCCCCGCAACCUCGCGCUCCUGUCUCGUCAUGCGGUAGCGAAGCUUCGCAAGGCUGCGGCUUCCACCAAGUCCUUCACUCCUAUGGAGCAAGAAGCUGUCUUGGGAGCAGCUGCUGUGCUUUCUCGUCUCUUGCCGGUGCUCUUUGAACAGGAACACGAGCACAAGUUCGUGGAGAAUGUUUUCUGGUACGGCAAGUUGCCUCCCUCGUCCAAAGCAGGGACCGCGGAACAAGACGAGCAAGAUGCCUUGGCACUUCCACUGCUCGAAUCUUGCAUCGCACUUCUGUUCAAACCUGGAUUCACGUGCUCCUCUGUCGAAGAGAAGACCACUGGUUGGUAUGGAAGCUUGGCAAAGUCUACGACUUCAGGGCGAUCCAGGCAGUUUGAUCAGGCACGCACAGAAAUGCUGCGACUUCUCCUCGUGUGCUGCUCCAGGAUCCUGUUCAUUACUCCUGAGGAGUAUCGCAAGAGUGAAAAUCCGUUCCUGUCGUACCUUUCUACUCGUCCCAAAGAGGAAGCGAGUGCUCUUUUCCGAUCGCUCACCGCGGUGAUCUUUAGUUACGAUCCUGUUGGUCUAGGCAUCCCAUACAGCAGUGCCGUAAUGGCUGACAAGAGGGAGCCUGUGGUUGACGUGGCGGUUCAGCUAUUGAUUAUCUUGCUCGACUAUAACAUUCCGUCAAAUUUGGGCAAGCAAGGCAACAGUGCAGGAGUCACAACGGAGAAGAUGCUUGACACGGUCAAGACUGAGGCGAACGCUCCGAAUACUUCUAACUGCUUCCGGAAUGCUGUGAGAGAAUGGAAGGAGGAAGAGGAGUUCGAGUUUGUCUUCAACGGAUUCUGCAGACUCCUCAAUAACCCACACCAGGCAAACAGUACGAUAUUGCCUUCAUCCAUGAAACAAAUCUCUUGCUUCCAAGAGCUGCUCAUUCUCUUCUGGAAGCUUAUUGACGAGAAUAAGAAUUUUUUGAGCUACAUUUUGCGAGCAGGAGACAUCAAUGAACUUGUUGUGCCAAUGUUGUACUUCAUGUACGAGGGACGGAAAGACCCUUCAAAAAUUGGUCUCAUCCACAUUUGUACUUUCAUUCUCCUGCUUCUAUCGGGCGAGAGGAAUUUUUGCGUCAAUUUGAAUGCAUCCUUCCACAAGAAGCUGCCUGUUGACCUGCCGCCAUUCACUGGCAACCACGCUGACUUACUCUACAUCGUGAUUCACAAGCUGAUGACGGAUGGACCACACAAGCUUGACACGCUAUAUGACUGCUUCCUCACGACUAUGAGCAAUGUUUCCCCUUACAUUAAGACUUUCUGUAUGCCAGCAGCGCUUCGUGCAACCAACUUAUUCGAGAUGUUCUCAAAGAAGAGUAAGCUGCUUUCCAACGAGCAGUAUCCCAGGUACCUGGUGUUUACACUGGAAGUGUUCAACAAUGUCAUACAAUAUCAAUACGAGGGGAACCCACAUUUUAUCUAUCAGAUCCUCAGACGCAAGAAAGUCUUCGCUGAGUUGUCUGAGAUCAUGGAAGGGACAGGAAUUGACGAGAUCUUGAACAAGGAGGCUCCACAGGCGCAGGAGGGAGAACCUCCGAGGUUCAAACCAACGGCUGAGUGGGUGCGAUCAUGGGCGACAGACCUUCCGCUGGAGCAGUUCUGUAUGACGGGCAACGUCAACGACGAAGGCAUCGUCGUAGAUUUUCUCAAGACGACCACAAUGGUGGGGCUCCUCCCUGUCCCUCAUCCAAUCCUCAUCCGGAAGUACCAGCAAAACGAUUUCACCAGUCUGUGGUUCACGACCUACAUCUGGGGUGUAAUCUAUCUCCGCAAUCAGCAACCCCAGCUGUUUGACGCGAGCUACAUCCGUCUCUUCACCAUCAGCUACGUGGACGCCUGA